AUGGACACCGUUCCUGGAACAACUCCGGACCGGACUGGAGCUGGAAGUACAGAGGAGGCGCCGACCUCACCUCACACCUCUCUGGAAUAUCAGCGGAGACGACUCUCUUUCUUUGGUCGCUCCAAUUCCGACGCCUCGACUCACAGGCGCGCUCUUCCUACUCUCAAUGCCACAAUGCCCACUUCCAAGGGCCGCGCCGACCCCGCCGACUCGCUCACUUCGCGAUCCUCGACCGCUCUUUCACAAACCCGUCGCAAGAAAGUCGACCCGUUGGAUAGCAUCCGUAAAUCUCUCGUUGGAUUAGGAACCUGGAUGAAGGCGCCUGCUAACGACCAAGUGAACCCUCCUCGUCCGGGAUCCUCUCGCAGGUCCUCGUCGCGACAAAGCGUUUCUAGUGACAAACCUAACACCACCUUGAUCCCUUUUGCCGCACCGGUCACGAAGACGAAGCCAUUGAAAGCACCCGAAGAGCACGAAUUUACAAGCGAAGAACAAUACUACAAGCACCGCAAAAAGUCUAGCAUCUCACGACCAUUCAACUUUCAACAUCUAACCCACACAGCUAAAAAGCACAUUCCCUUGCUUCAAACCGUCGACGAAAGAAACCUGACCGCCAAGUUCUGGUCGGUCAAUGCAUACCAGAAGCCCAAAGGCGACCUCAAGGAAAUUCAAGCGGAUGACUUGUCAGAAAAACUAUCAACACAACCUUCAGAGCUUUCGUUUGAGAUUGAGAGGCCAUGUUCCUCACAAGCAACGACCGAAGUCGCCGAAAGUCUCGACGAGACCACAUUCGACGAAACGCAAGAGACCAAGUUCAACCCCGAUGCCUUUGAAACAAUACACGAGGUUCACCACGCACCAGAGCCAGCGGUGAAAUCUCCCAAGCAUUACUCAUCAAUGACUGCACUGAGCUCGCCAACGGUCAAUGAUCCCGACAAACUGCGCCACCUCAUUAAAGAGCGAGGCACCCGCGAUGAGAUUGUUCCUCCCACGCUUCAGCGCGCAGUAGCAUCGUCAGAUGUAAGGGCGAGCCUUCCUGUCCGUCCAGCACCUCCUCUCGAGACUCUCAGCGCGCCUUUGACGACGCUCGCUGGACAGAGCCAGCGUGAGAGCAAGCCACUACCACCCGUGCCCACUCGAGGCGUGCGCAAAACGCAUUCCAAAAGCUCGAUGAGAACACUCGGCCAGUUGUUUCCAGCUCCGCCUCACGGACGUGCCGGUUCCGCUGCCGAUUCCGUUGCCGGAUCCGUGGCCGGCUCAUUCGUGUCCAAAAGAUCGUCCAAGUCUGUCGCGACCGUCAACUCUCGCACGGAUGUCUUCAUUGAGCCGACAUGGGAAGACGACAUUGAUUUUGCUUUUGACCAAGAAGCGGAAGCAAGCUGUGAUUUUGACUGGGAGAAUGUGGCGUCUCCUCGCGAAGAAGAAGAAGCAGAACUAACGCCAUCGGACCACGACGAUGAUGGUGGCGAGCCCGGCGGCGUUCGGUUAUCUGCGUGGCUCGGCGACGCACCAUCAAUGUCAAGCUCAUCGUCAUUGGAUCACACUCAGCACAAACGCGGAUCCUCUGUCGGACAUCGUGGUUUCCAAGCUGCAAGGACUGGGUCGGGAGAAGUCGCGCUGUCAGCUCCUACGUCCCUCAAACUUGGCACAUCUGCGUCGGGGAGUCCAACCCCUUUGAUAAAGGCUAGUCUUCUCGAAUGCGAGAGGUCACCGUAUACUGAAGGGGAGAUGCAAUUUCCAGGCUUCGAUGCGAACCGAGCUCCCGAAUACCUGAGUGAUCCUGAAUCCUCCGCACGCUCGAGCGAACGCCGCAAGUCGAGCUCUGCAAAUUCUUGGGAGAGCAGCAGACGAUCCAUGCACGUGGGAAGUGAUACAACGCGUUGGUCGUCCGCAUCGACCAGCUCCAUUCCAGAUCUCGUGCAGAGCAGGCGGAAAAGCAGAUCGUCCGUCGUCAAAUCCCAUCGCAUGUCGCGUCAGCUGGAGUCUGUGACAUCGGCCGAUGAAGACGACGAGGAGGCCUCGACUACCACGCGUCUUCAACCAACUAGGGCACAAACAGACAGCUUCAUUAUGCGCCGGCCGUCCACGUCUGGCGACCGCACGCUGUUGUUUUCUGCCGGACGCACUGUGCAACGGGGACGCUCUGCAACACCGCCCAGCCGCAUUGCUCUAGCAGGGGGCAAUGUUGCGGAAGUGCCGGGCGAAGACCACGUCGGCUGGAUAUGA